CCCCAAGCAACUCUCCCUUCUCUCGCCUGACGUAUCAUCCUGACUAGUGACAGAGGCGGACGAGGUCGGACCUCCCCUCUGGAUCACAUUACUGAUGAUAAAACUGACAUAACUACGUGGUAAGUCACGAACACUAACAAACAAAAUGGAAGUUUUGGUUAGAAAUAAAUACAAUACUUUUUCUUGCGAUAUAUCUAAUAAUAGAUAGAUAUCGUCGUCUCUCGAAAUGCAAUAUCUUUUUUAUUUCGCUGUCGAUAGCCCAACACGUGUUCCGCAGCCAUCUUGUAUUUUCUUGCGUGCACGGGAUUGUGGGAUCUCUCUUAUGACUGGAUCUCGUUUUGAGAACUCUCGAGUCGAUCGCAAUUGAACCUCGUUUAGUAGUGUUACAGAGUAUAAUACAUAUAUAUUUUUAUUAUAAUAUUUAAAUAUUUAAUAUAUUUUUUAAAAGAAACAAAACCACUGAGAAAUGUUACGUGUGUUUAACAAGUUUCAGAAAACUUUGAAAAUGUUAACAAUGGGUUCGGCUGAACCUGUGUGAACCUGCUGAAUAUUACCAUUGAUUAUUUGAUUAUUAUUGUCAGAAUGUGAACAGCAUAUUAUACCUUAGAAAAAUCAUUGUAAAGUAGCUGCUUUUUAAACAUGUUUAGAACAAAUUACUGUUAUUUUUUGCUAUGUUAAUGUAAUGUUACAUUUUAAUAAGAUUUAUUUAUGUAUUCAAUUAUAUUGUUUAAACUCAUUGUUUAUAGGAUCGACUUUUAGCAGAAAUGCUAAUAAAAAACAGAGACUGGAUUGUAAAUUAUCAUGAGCACGAUUCUUUGUUGCAAAAUAUAUCAGAAGAAGGCCUUACUGAAGAAGAAAGACAAGCUGCUUGGGUGGAAUAUGAAGCUGAAAAAGAAGGAAUUGUUCAAAAUAAUAACACAGCUAGUUGGAAUGUUCUUGAUCCAAUUAUUCAACAUCAACCUGUGCCAACUCCAUAUCAGAAUCCAGAAACAUAUGGACCAUUACCUGAUGCUCGUAUGGAUAUUGCUAAAGUGGUGGAAAACUUAAAGUUAAGAAAACCUAAUAUGACUACAAGUGAGAUGAAUACUGCUAUAUUAGAUGCUCUAGUGAUGCUUAGAUCUCAUUACCAACAAUGUAGUGUAAUUGCUAUUCGUCAAAAACAAAAUUUUGAAUUUGAAUGCAUAGUGAAGAUAUGGAAAUAGCAGGAAAAGGAAAUUAUGAAAAAGUUGAAUGUAAAACUACAAUUAAUAAGCAAGAUACAGAAACUUUAGCCAGUAGCUUGGAAAUAUUUAGUUAUUUGGAUUAUUACAAUGGAAAUGUUAUGAAAUGUAGAAGAAAAUAAUACAAAUUAAGUAAAUUAACUGAAUUAAUCUGUAUAUUACUUUUUUAAUUUUAGUUUAAAUACAAUUUGUUGAGUUCUUUUUUUACUUUAAUAAUAUUACCAAGACCAUUGAAAAAAAAAUUUGUCACAGAAUGGGGUAGUCCAUUUAUUACUUGUAAAUUUUAAGUAAAAGGAGUCAUAAAAAGUACAUUAUGUACCUGAUGAGGAGGAAGAGAGUUGACCCAUUGUCUACGUGGACUUUUUUAAUGGUAUUAGUGGUGUAUGAAUUUGGUCUUAUAAGCCUAUUUAGUAGUCUUGUGAAUAAACUAUCAGAAAAUAUUUGCAGAACUUUUUAAAUCAUUUUGUCAAUGUUGGGUGGUCUAUGAACUAAUAUGGUACCUAUUAUAUGUAAUUAAAGGGGGGGAUGAGAUUUGCUGAAAGUACAUUUGUACACAACAGGGAGAGAAAGAGUCAGAGAUGGUUCAAAAAAAAACCCUAUACAUAAUUAAUAGAUGGCUCCAAGCUAAAACUUUAAUGCAUUAAAAUAAUUAUUUCUCUCAGAAAUUGUGUUAUAAAUAAGUGUAAUUAAUGGUCAGAUUAGCUUUUGAUCAAUUGAAGAAUCAUACAACUAUAGAGCUAUUAUUUUCUUUGAAAUGUUUCUUUAGAUUAAGAAAAUUGUUAUAAGAAGAAUUAAGUAAUUAGAAGUAAUUUAAAAAUUAUUAUGAAACAAAAAGCAAGUUUUUUAAAAUUAAACUAGUCAAGAUCUUUGAUCUGGAAUUCAUAAUCAUCAUAUGGUAAAAAUUGUGGUAUUCUUGCAUGUAGAGAAAACAAUUUCUGCACACAUUAAUUAACUUAUUUAUUGAUAUUUUUAAUAACUUUUUCCUGACA